AUGGGCACGACAUGGUCGCAGGAGCCAAAUACGCAGCAGCAACAAUAUGGGAGUGAAGAUGACCAGGGAAUGCGAUCCGGUUCCUCAAACACAGACGAGCUGCAGUUCUCGAACCUCCAGAACCCGUCAGACGCGCUGGGUAUACUAGCAAGAGUCGCGGGAGAAUCGUCAAACGAAGAGGCGGGCAAUGGUCAAGGCACUGGAGUCACGCGCGGAUCGAUAUCGUCCAUGCCUGCUCCGCUGUCGUUCUCAUACCCACUGCUAGAUCGAGGGAUUCUUACAGUACACUCGUUGUGCCAGCUUCUGGUGCGAUUUCAGCAGCAGUACCAUCCAUACUACCCUCUCGCACCCGCACAUGCGUUUGAUACAUCGCGCCUAGCUGAGAUGGUCAAGAUGGAGCCCCACCUCCUCACUGCCCUGCUUCUGAUAGCUUCAAAAGACCUGGUAGACGAGCCACAUAUAUUUGAAGCUUGCAUGGAGCAUAUGAAGGGCUUGGUCUCAGAACUUGCAGCCGGAGGCGAUGCAGACAUCGAAGCUGUGGAGGCACUACUUCUACUCGCUGAAUGGGCACCAUAUACGCAAAGAGGAUCGGGCAAGGUCGGCAAGGGAGAAGAAGACAAGGAGAGCUGGAUGCAUGUGGGGCUUGCACUUCGAAUAGCAUACUUCCUCGCACUGGACCGCUACUCCUUCCGGUUCGUGGACCAGGGCAAGGAUCCACAUCACCACCGGAAGCGAUUCAUCUGGACUUGUGCAUACAUCUCAGAUCGGCAUACCAGUAUCAGGAUUGGGAAGGCAUUUUGGUCUCGUGGACCGGGUCCUCUGACAACACUGAGACGCGAAGACUAUCCAUCACUGAUACCUAAAAGUCCGAAUGAGGAGGACUAUGCUUCCAUCUUCCAGGCAAACCUAGAGCUCACACAGCUGUUCAGUAACGUGCACGAUACAUUGUACUCGAACCCGUCCUCAAGCUUCCGGUCGCACAUGAGCGGUAGCUACAUCAAGUUUAUCGAUGACUUCCGCUCUGCGAUAUACGGUUGGAAAAGCGUCUGGGGCACACUGACUUGCUCACCACACCUCAAAGCCUGUUUACUCAUGUCCUACGACUAUCUUCGGCUCUAUACGAAUGCCUUCGCUUUUCAGGCCACUGUUCUUCGUGCCUUGCCUGCUGUAAACAACACUGCCAGCGGCACUGCAACAGGCGUGGCGUCUGUAUCUGGCUUCGCUAUGCAAGCACCACAGCGCGUCUUCGUCAACAACGUGGGUGCAGUUGGCGAUGCACGCUUCAUAUACGAAGGCCUCGAUGCAGCGAAGGCCAUCUUGACCACUGUCAACAACUUUGUCGAUCCCGAGCGUUCACUACGCUUCAUGCCGCUGCGAUACUACCUGUAUCUUGUCUACGCAGGUGUCUUCCUAUACCGCGCGCGUUGCACAGGUGUAAUCAGCAACGACGAAGACCGCGCUAUUCGCGCCAUGAUCAACGAGACAGUCACACGCUUGCAACGCUCUAGCGUAGGCUCAGGCACCGGCAUCCAGCAUCCUGGAAGCCGCUAUAGUCAGCUUCUCAAACUCCUAUGGGCGAAAGUUCCCCGGAAAGAUAAGUCAGCGAGGCCAUCUUGGAGACAUCCAGGUACACACAUUGCAAGUAAUCCUGUUGAUAGUAAUGGUUUGCCGCUUGUGUCUCCUGGUGCGACGCAGCAGAGUCCUCAGAAUAGUACGGGCACUGGAGAAUCUCCGGCGAUGACAGAGAUGAUGGGGGAUUUUGGAUGGACGGAUCUCAAUGCUGUGAGUGAUUUUGCGAUCGGGCAGGGUCCUGGAGGAAACGGACAAGCCCAAGAUGAUGCCAGUGCUCUGUGGAAUGGAUUUCUGCCACUGGAUAUGGGGUGGAAUGCGCAAGGUUUUGGGUUCGAUAGCCUCGGUGGAGGGUUCGAGCAGGGGGAGCUGGGGAUGAUAUUUUGA